UCUGAAGUUUUCCCAUUGUGUUCCAACAGAUGCUGUUAAAGAUGUUCCUCAGGGCGUUUCUGCAACUUCAGUUUGCAAUGCAGCUUUUGGAUGGAGCUGAACCUCAGAACCUGAACUGCCCUACUUAUGGUGGCGUUCCAGGCACUCCUGGACACAACGGUCUGCCUGGUAGAGAUGGGAGAGAUGGCAAAGAUGGAGCAAUUGGACCCAAAGGAGAGAAAGGAGAGCCAGGAGUGAAUGUGCAGGGAACGCCAGGUAAAGCAGGACCGUCUGGCCCGACUGGAGCCAAGGGGGAAAGGGGACCCCCAGGUCAACCAGGCUUGCCUGGACGUGAAAACACGGCUGACUCCCUGAAAUCUGAGAUCCAGCAUCUUAAUGCCAAGAUUUCUAUGAUUGAGAAAGCUGUGAGUUUUAGUACAUUCAGAAAAGUUGGACAGAAAUACUACGUCACUGAUGGUAUUGAGGCCACUUUUAAUAAUGGAAUGCAGUACUGCAAGGGUCUUGGUGGAGUAAUAGUUUUGCCAAGUACUGCUUUAGAAAACCAGGCACUAUUGAAAGUAUUAGUAUCCAGUGGUUUAAGUAAUAAUAAGCCAUAUAUUAGAGUCACAGACAGAGAAACCGAGGGACAGUUUGUGGACACUGAGGGAAAGCAAUUGACUUUUACAAACUGGAGUACCGGUCAGCCUGAUGACUAUAAGGGUGUACAAGACUGUGGUGCUAUCACAGACUCUGGCCUUUGGGAUGAUGUCGGUUGUCAUGGUCAACAUCCCAUUGUAUGUGAAAUAGAAAUAAGAUAGAAUUUAGACUAUAAAAACAAACCUAUGGCCUACUCAAUAGACUCUAAAAAAC